AUGAAAGAAAAACUCAGACAACAGACUGAAGAGCUCCUCAGUGUGGGCCUCGGAGUGGGCCUCAGGGUGGCCCUCAGUGUGGCCCUCAGGGUGGGCCUCGGAGUGGGCCUCGGAGUGGGCCUCGGAGUGGGCCUCGGAGUGGGCCUCAGAGUGGGCCUCAGAGUGGAGGUGAUGAGCGUGAAUCUGUCUGAGGGGGACAAAGUGGUGUUUGAGGACGUGGGACACGGGGACAGCUCCAUGUUGGCCAACGAGACCAUCCUGAUGAGGGGGUUGGUCGUACGAAGCCGCAGUAACCAGCUCUCCAUCCGCUUCCACAGCUCCAGGCCGGAACCCGGGACAGUGCUGCUCCGAUACCAAGCAUUCGUCCUGAGCUGCCCGUUCCCCUCCUCUCCCCCCUUCGCUCAGGUCUCUGUGAGCAGUCUUCACUCGGGGGGUCAGGCCUUCUUCUCCUGUCUGACCGGAUAUCAGCUCCAGGGGCCCCGUGUACUCACCUGCCGCAACGCUACCACCCCCUACUGGAGUGGCAAGGAACCACGCUGCCUCGCGGCGUGCGGGGGUCUUCUGUCUAACGUCUCCGUGGGGCGGAUCAUCUCUCCUGGAUUCCCCUCAAACUACAGCAACAACCUGACCUGCCACUGGCUCCUGCACGCCCCCACUGGACACAGGCUGCAUGUGCACUUUGAGAAGGUCGCUCUGGCUGAAGACGACGACCGGUUGGUGAUUAAGAAUGGGAACAGCAUUGACGCCGCGGUGUUGUACGACUCGUAUGAAGUCGAGUACCUCCCAAACGAGGGCCUGCUCAGCUCCUCCAGGUUCCUGUUCAUCGAAUUCACUACAGACGCAACGGGGACCUCUACUGGUGUGGCCCUCAGAUAUCAGGCGUUUGCUCCGGGCCACUGCUACGAGCCCUUUGUGAAGUAUGGGAACAUGACCAGCAGUGACCCCUCCUGGGCAGUGGGGGCAGUAGUGGAGUUCUCGUGUGAGGCGGGUUACACUCUGGAGCAGGGGUCGGUCAGCAUAGAGUGCACCAACCCCGACGACCCGCAAUGGAACGACACCGAACCCGCCUGUAGAGCGGUGUGCAGUGGGGAGAUCACAGACUCGGUGGGCGUGGUUUUGUCUCCAAACUGGCCAGAAGCUUAUGACCGAGGACAGGACUGUAUCUGGGGCAUCCACGUGGAGGAGGACAAGAGGCUCAUGAUCGAUAUACAAGUGUUGAACAUCGGGGUGAAUGACCUUUUGACCUUUUAUGACGGAGACGACCUCACCGCUAAAGUCCUGGGCUCUUAUGGAGGCUCCAAGUCCAGGUUCAAACUCUACACCUCCACGGCCGACGUCACCAUACAGUUCCAGUCCGACCCGGCGACCAACGUUUACGGAUACGGCAACGGAUUUGUGGUGCACUUCUUUGAAGUGGCUCGUAACGACACCUGCCCCGAGCUGCCUGAGAUCUCCAACGGCUGGAAAAGCUCGUCCCACCCCGACCUGGUGCAGGGGACCGUGGUCACGUACCAGUGCUACCCCGGCUUUCAGCUAGAGGGCGCCGAGCUGCUCAUGUGUCAGUGGGACCUGACGUGGAGCGGAGACCUGCCCAGCUGCCAGAGAGUGGUGUCCUGCCCAGACCCGGGUAAAGUGGACCAUAGUCGCAGAGUUCUCUCCUCCUCUCAUUUCACCGUAGGAUCCAGUGUUCAGUACAUCUGUGACAAAGGCUUCAGUCUCCAUGGCAACAGCCUCCUGACCUGCUACAGCCGAGGGGGCGGAGGUCCGAGGUGGAGCCAGAGACCGCCGGCGUGCACACCUGAGACAUUUGAACCGUGCACACAUCCAGGGACCCCCACCUUCGGCGUUCCCAGCUCCCGGCAGACUCACUUCCAGCCGGGGGACAGGUUGAGGUUCUCCUGCCUGAAAGGACAUCAGCUCCUGGGGGAACCCGUGCUCCACUGCGUCCCUGGACACCCGUCUCAGUGGAGCGGGCUGCCCCCUGUCUGCAAAGGAAUAACUUUGGAUCACUAAGACGAGCACAGACUGGACGUAUCGUCCUUGUCUCUGCGUUUGGACGGAGCUCAGAUUCUGUUGGUGAUCUUCGUGCCGGUCGCUCUCAUCCUCCUCAUCAUCACAGCCGUCUACCUCUACUUCUUCAAAGUGCAGAGAAACCCACUCAGACUGACAGUUUAUAAAAGUCCUCCAUAUCAGAACAUCAGCCACGGAUCAGCCAACGACAACUCAGCGUACGACACGACGGUGGGUUUGGACCGGACACUACGCAAAGAUUAG